AAAUGGAAACUAUCAUGGCGGCCAACUGGAUCCGUUACAAGAGUACAAAAUUGUAAAACAGGUCUACAGAUUUGUCAUGGCUCGACAUUUCUCCUCUCAGAAAAAGCGAGAUAAGACUAUUUCAUCUCCACAUCAACGGAUAAUCUCACAAUAUUUCACUCCAAGGAGCGGUAUCAAUAAGGAAGAGGUGAAUUUUCUCGUGAAGGCAAAUCCUGGUUCGCGCGGCGAAAAUCACCAUCGGACAACUGGCGUCAAGGGACGCACGGAUCAAGUUACAUUUACCCCGGUGUUUGGUUUCACGACUGCGGCAAAAAUUCAUCAGCAAUCUGGAGGAUGUUAUUCAGGGACGGAAAACCAGCAAAUUUUGUCAGGUCAGCGUAAUUUAGGAAGUACAACUUGCAAAUGUGCAGUUUCCGGGCAUGUUACUUGUGCAUGUUCACCAUUGAAAAAUAGUUCUGCAGAGAAAACACAAACGCACUUUGACCAUACACGUGUGCUUGGCCUCAUGGCGUCGUCAACAUCUUCUAGUUCAAGUUCGCCGUCAUCAAAUUCAUCCUCCUCGUGUCCAUCACCGCGAAAUAGUAGAAGAACACGCAGGUCAAAUUCAAGAGCACAGAAUCACUUGAAAGGCAGGUUUGCCAAAAAGCAGAAACGUGUCCCAGAAACAAUUACUGUUGAUAGCGAAGACGAGAAUUGUGUAAGCGACGAUGACUGUUGUGUAAUUAUGAAUGUGGUUCGUGGCACAAAACUUAAGAGUGAUUCAGAAGUGGAAGAAAGUUCUACUUGUUCUCAAUCUUCUACAAGUAUUGAAUCUAGUCAAGACAGCAAGGGAGAAAGGAGUUACAAGGGCACUAGUUCUAGUGAAUCUGAUCAGAAGAAUACCGCAUCUUUUUGCAAAAAAUCAUCACUUUCGUCUAAAUCUGUGAAACAAACUAAAAAACAGGCAUCAGCAAAGUCCACAUUUGGUCUUGUUGGCGGCGAUGUCAAUGACUCAGAUGAAGAUGGUGGCGACUCACAGGAUUUGAGCCAGUGUGACAGUGACUUUGCUCAGCUGCCUGUAGAGAUUUUGGAGAAUAUCUUCUGUCAGUUACCGAUUGUGGAUUUGAUGUUGAACUGUGCCUUGGUGUGCCGCCAGUGGUAUGACAUAAUCUCAAGAGAGUCGUUCAUCCCAUGGAAGAAGAAAUACUUCCUUCUUAAGAACGGAGAUAGUUCAUCAGAAGAUGAUAUGAUUAAACUUCUAGAUGAAAAUGGUCUUUUAGACGUGGAUUUAUUUCCUCGAAAUCUUGCAUGUUUUAUGAAGGGUUUUAAAAGAAAGGGACAGUCAUCACAGUUGACACAUUUGAGAACACACAGCAACUUCCCCUUGAUAGAAACGUUCUUAGAAACUCUUAUGGACAGUUCAAAGCAGGUAAUGUACGUUGUACAGAACUGGGAAGACGACAACUCUUGUUGA